AUGGGCAUCAAGGAGAGCGAAGGAAAUGAAACGUUUCACCGGGGAGCAGUUCUCUCAUAUGGACUUCAAAGGCAAAAGGGUGCCCAAUUUUGUUUAAAAGCAGGAAUUGGAAGAGGGGACCAACCUAUUACUUUUGCUGCUAACUUGGUUAGCUACAGGGCUGGGGGUGGUUGGAGUACAACUUGUGCUCCUUCACCAUUCUACAUAACAUCUAAGAUGAGGUCUCUUUACCUUGAAGGAUACAAUUAUUCUGUAUUCGACCUGACAAGACAUGACAGAGUUCAGAUACAGGAACUCAGAAUAAAAUUUUUCAGGAGGUUGCUACAAAUGUAUCGGAAAGACCAGAGUGAAGGCCAAAGCAAGAAAGCGAAUGACAGGGAGAAAAUAUUCUGUAUGCGAAGAAGCAAUGUGAAGCUUGUGCCUAGCAGCAUAUCUGGUCAGGAAAACUAUUUAAAGAGAAAGGUUCGGAAGCCUUGGUAG